UUGUAAAUUUUUAUUUUUUACGACAAUUGCUUUUGCAUAUAAAAAUUUUUUCCUUGCUCAUCGGAAUGUUGCUCUUCGACCAUUUGUGAACGAAUCAACGCAUAAGACACGCCGUGGAGCAGCUCAACGCAAGCGCGAGUGUGCAUCGUUGAUAUAUUGUGUGUUUAAAUAAAAACGAAGUGUCAGUGGAUAAAGAAGCAACAGUGGAAACAGCGCGAAACGCAGCGUCGGCAAAAGUAUUUGACUGAAAUCGCAUCAAAUUUAUAAAUAAAUUGCUAUUUCGCAAAUGUUAAUUAUUUACCGACGCAAAGAAAACUUGCUAUAUAAUUUGUGAACAAACUUUGUAGUAAAUUGUAGUGCAUAAGGAAUCAUUAAUAUUUAGAAUACAAACGCUACGUCGAAAGCUGCUGAUAAAUAAGUAAUAAAUAACGCGUGAAAAACAGCAAAAUCAAAAACGUCAUUAAUUAACAAAUAAUCAUAUCGGUGGCUAAAACGUUGUACCCCGCUAUAUAACCACCCAAAUCAGCUCCUUUGCAUAUUACGUGGUCAUCUAUAAGUUACCUAAAAAGCGACUAAUGGCGUUAAGUUACUAAUUGAAUCGUGCUCUGAUUGUUAGUAUCGAAGUGUAGUUUACACUCUUCUCCAACCCCAAUUUGCUUUUGGAUUAAAUAGCUUAAAUUGACUGUGCGCUGCGCAUUGAUUUUUCUUUGCAUUUUUGAAUUUGACCGUCAAAAUUCCACCAGAACCAAUGGCUAAGGACGAGGAAGAGGAUGAUGUUUUGCCCGAUAAGGAUGCGGCUAAGGGCUUUUAUGCAAAAUAUGAACCUAAAGAGAUAUUGGGAAGAGGCAUCAGUUCCACAGUACGACGCUGCAUUGAAAAAGAGACCGGCAUCGAGUUUGCCGCCAAAAUCAUCGACCUUGGCGCCGCCACAGAAGCUGGCGAUACCAAUCCAUAUCAUAUGCUCGAAGCCACAAGACAGGAAAUUUCAAUACUCAGACAAGUUAUGGGUCAUCCUUAUAUAAUUGAUCUACAAGAUGUCUUCGAAUCGGACGCUUUCGUCUUUUUAGUAUUUGAAUUGUGUCCGAAAGGUGAACUCUUCGAUUACCUCACCUCGGUUGUAACGUUGUCGGAGAAGAAGACACGCACCAUAAUGCGACAAAUAUUUGAGGGUGUCGAAUAUAUACAUGCAAAGAAUAUUGUACAUCGAGAUUUGAAACCCGAAAAUAUUCUACUUGAUGAGAAUCAUAAUGUUAAAAUUACAGAUUUCGGUUUUGCGCGACAACUGAAGGGGGACGAGAAGUUAACAGACCUCUGUGGCACGCCUGGCUAUUUGGCGCCGGAAACAUUGAAAUGUAAUAUGUUCGAAGGCUCGCCUGGAUAUUCCAAAGAAGUUGAUAUUUGGGCAUGCGGCGUCAUUAUGUUCACAUUACUUGUUGGCUGUCCACCGUUUUGGCAUCGCAAACAAAUGGUCAUGUUGCGCAACAUAAUGGAGGGCAAAUACAGCUUCACCUCACCCGAAUGGGCUGAUAUAUCAGAGGAUCCAAAGGAUCUCAUACGCAAAUGUCUAGUCGUCGAUCCAGCGAAACGAAUCACAGUGAAAGAAGUAUUAAAGCAUCCGUUCUUCAAUCAGAUGGUUUUAUGCUCCGAACCGUCGACUGAUGGCCGCACCACUUAUCAGCUGAAAUCGCAAAAUUUACGCAACUCGCCUAGCAGUGGCGCCCAGUUGUAUUACAAUCCUAAUAUUAUUAAAACACAGACGAACUAUAGUUACAACAAACUAGCGUCAACGUAUGCCAGCAAUAAUAUUAGUAAUGACAACAAUCGCAAGACUAUGACAAACUUGUACUUAAACAAACAAGCGAGUAAUCAAAGCAAUAAUAGCAAUAACACCUAUUCUCCAAACAUAACUACUUCCCCGAGUACGACAUUCCCUCAGGUGUACAAUAACAAUUACAAUCAACGCAAUUAUCAAAGUAAUGGUACGGCUGGUCCGACAACAUUCCUCUCUACAAAUCAAAAUAAUAACAGUAUUGGCACCGCAACGCCGACGCCGACUUCAUUUAUAACGCAAGAGCAGCAGCAUCAACAAUUUAUACAUAAACAACAGCAAACAUAUGAACAACAGGUGCCAACAACACAACACUGCGACCAUUAUUACAACAAAAAUCAUGAUCAAAGCUAUAAUAGUCAUUAUCAUCAUCAGCAUAAUAAUAGUACACAUGCUCCUCAUUGUCCAUACCAUCAGCAUCAUCAUCAUCAUCACUUAAAACCCUAUUUGCAUUAUUGUGAAUGUCAGCACAGUCAAGUGCAGUCGCAGCAACAAAAAUACAACGAUAAACAGUCAUUAAACACUGCUAGUAUAUCAUCCACAUCAACCACAAGCCCUUCCCACAUACAACUAGCGACGAACCCACCACAGCAGACAGCAUUUACAGCGGCAACAACGGCAUACGCAUCGAUCACAGAAAAUUACUGUGUUGAGUCCUUAAAUUAUUAUGCACAGGUUAGGCGACUUAAUGACAAAACACUUUUCCAUUGGGUAUUCUCUUUAUCAAAUAUCCCCUUUGGAAUUGUUUUUUAUGUGACUAAUUACAAGGGUCUGAGUGUAGAGCGUAGCUGGAGUGCCCUAACUGAAAUUAAAUCAAUGUGAU